GGCGCGCGCGCGACACGGCACGCUACGGCAACGAGGAGGACAACGGCGGCAGCAACGAGGCCCGAGGACGAAGACGGCGGCGGCCGCGACGGGCGGACGAGUGCACGAGAGGCGCAUACGGGUCGUUCACCGUUUCGUGUCCGCGGUACGGGUCGCAGUGGUCGACGGCGACGGCUGAGACGGUAACAUGGCUGCCGGCUGUUGCGGUACGAAGAAGCAGAAGCUCAACAACUCCGCGGGCGUACCGUGCAACGGCACGUCGGUGCUGACGAACGGCACGCGUAUACGUAACGCGCCGAUCGUGCAGCCCGAGAUGGGCUUCUACUGCUUCGACGUCCUCUACUGCCAACUGCACCAACUCGACCCACCAAAGCCGCCCAACUUCAGCAACGAAGCAUUUCCCUUGUUCGUAACUUGGACUACAGGAAAGGACAUGCGUCUACGUGGUUGUAUUGGUACGUUCAACGCCAUGCACUUGCACGCAGGACUUAGGGAAUAUGCUACUACCAGUGCUUUCAAGGAUUCGCGGUUCAAUCCCAUAACGCGCGACGAACUUCCACGCUUACACGUGAGCGUUUCUAUAUUGCGGCAUUUUGAAGACGGCGUGGACUACUUAGAUUGGGAAAUAGGAGUCCAUGGGAUUCGCAUAGAGUUCCAUAAUGAAAAGGGCAACAAGAGAACUGCUACUUACUUACCUGAUGUUGCGACUGAACAAGGUUGGGACCAGAUACAAACCAUAGACUCGCUAUUACAUAAGGGUGGCUACAAGGGCAUAGUUACGCCGGAUAUUAGACGCAGUGUUAAGCUGACGCGAUACCAGAGCGAGAAGAUUACCGUAAGCUAUCAAGACUACAUGACACAUUGGCAUAACCGGCGAUGCUAGCAGCUGGCUUGGGGUCCUAUCCAGGGGCCCCUACCUUGCCAAACGCCCGGCACGUUUUGUUACAAAAAUAUUUCAGAUACAGUUAACGCGUCGUAUCCACAAUAUAGUACCACACAAUACAACUCUUUCAUGGCCAAUCAACAGCAUACCUUAGUUAUGGUUCAGCCGAAUCACCCCACAUUCAUACACGCACUUCCGCUACCGCCAAUUCCUCCGGUUGUGGUACCCAUGCAAAACUAUCCACCGUUCUAAUGGAAUUACGCGUACCGCAUCCUCCAGUACGCUGUAUCGUUAUUCUUUACGAACUUUUGUAAUGCAGAGAAAUGAAUUAAACGCAUGAAAGAAUAUACUAUUAAAGGCGGCUGUUAUGUACUAUCAUCUAUUGCUUCAAUUGUGGUGCUCAUUAUAUAUUUUGAUUCAGCAGAAAUUUACCGUCUCCAUUUUUCUUUCUUUCUUUCUUUCUCUUUUAUUAUCAACUCUUGCGCGAUUUAUUCGUGUCGUGAAAAGAAAUGCGAAAAAAAAUAUACAGUCUUGAGUAUGGUGGCAAUGUUCUUCCAAGCUAUUUGUUGUAAUAUAAAUAAUAUUAUCGGCAUAGGGACAUUUGUAUAUGGUAGACUCUUGUUCUCGUAUUGUACAAUUUUAUGAUUGUUAAAUUUGAACGAAAAAAAAACAAAAAUAAUCUAUUUGCGAGCAACAAUGCAAGUUCAGUUUGCUGUCGAACAUUUGACUAGCCAUUGAUCGUUGUAAUAAGAUGUAAAUACUGUACGAUCAUAGCUUUUACCAUUAAUGCCAUCAUGCUAGAACGUUAGACACUCGUAUUAGUAUUUGUGGAGAGCGUGACGCGACGAAUUUCCGAAUGCAUAACAUUGUCUGUAUAAUUAAUUGUGGCUAUUAGUCCAGUCAUUCGAUAGUGCACAAAUGCAUUAUGGUCGCCUGUUUACAUUGCUCGUGAAAGCAGAUUUAAACUAUCGGCGAGCAACGAGAUUAUUUUGAUUUUCUUAAUAAUGUUCAAGGGAAAAAAAUUUUAUUGGAGCAUUCUAUAAAAUAGUACGAAUGCGCUGUAGAACGAUAAAAUUAUUAUUAUUUUCUUUCUAAGAUCUAAUAUAAUCGUUAAUUAUUCAUAUUUGCGUAAUAUCUGACACAAUAACACUAUAACAUCUGAACAGAAUUUCUUUGCAUCGAUGGUAUAAAUAGAAAACUUUUUUUAACAUUAAAUUAUUAUUACACAUGGUCUUGUAUUGAGCUUAUGAACAUUAAUUUCUCUUUUCACGUGUUUUUGUUCAUACGCAGACUGUUCUACAAUGAAACACAAAAAUGAUACGUAGAUGCGGUGUAAAUUGUUUUUUAUGUUGCAUAUUUAUACCAUUCCUACAAUGAAAUUUAAGACGUUUAGAUUAUAGUCCAAAGUUUUAUUACAGCAUAGGACUUCUUUCUACUAACAAUAAUAAUUUUACUUAAUAACAUGGUUACGUUUAACUGUUAUUAAACUUCUAAUGUCUCGGCGUCAAUUUGUCGCAAUAUCCAAUUUCGAAAACUUACGACUUGCUUUACUCUAUAUCGGUAGAUGAACUAUAGAAUGGGACCUCUACUGUAAAUAAGCAAUGGACUACACCACAACUAACAAAGGAAUAUUAUAGAUAUAGAAAUAUAUAUAGGUUUUAAGAUAUUAAACAAAAAUGACGAUCUCAUUGUGAUGUUGAUUGCUGUGCGAAUCAUGGUAAUAACUCAUUCAUUAUAAUGACAUCAGAUAAAAUCUCUUUUCCCGCUUAAAAAUAGAUAAAGAUAAUACGGGGGGGAAAAGAGCGAAAGUGCAGUUGCGUGUACCGUACGUGUACGCAACUGAGUUGUGGAUUACGUGCAUUUGGUGAAGUGGAACAGGAAAUGGUGUACCGGGAAAAUCUCUGUCGGUGUACCUUGAAUGCGCGGUAUGUUUAACAACAUUGUCACAUGUAAUAGAAGUUCAGGCAUAUUUUAUAUUAAACUGUCUCGCUUCUUAGAUUCCACAGCUAUAUGAUAGCUGAGAGUUCAUUCACUGCCAACAUAAUCAUUGUUGUAGGUAUUAUAAAAGUCCUACCGAAAGAAUAAACAGAUCAUCGUUGUUGUACUUUGGUUGAAUUGAUGCGUCCGCAUCUCUGAUGUUAUCUUUUAUAUAUUCUUAUCGCAUACACAUAGUUCCUGGGAUCUCCUUGCUACUCGGGCCCCUAUGUAUAACGUCCAGUAAACUGCCAGUAAUAUACUUAACUCUAGAAUAGUUGGCAAAUCAAAACUACGGUCACCUGUGCCCAAUUUGACUUUGGAAACCAAACCAUGCGAAAAGAUUCCCUCUUUUUUUUCUUUCUUUUCUGAGUAAAGUAUCUUAAGAAAAUGUAACAUAGGCAUGCGACAUGAGGAUGCUACAUUUUCGUUUUGUGAAUACAAGCUGGGGUAGAAAUUCAAGAAGUUCCCAAAUUUAAUAAUACGAUGUUCAAGUAGUUCGUUUUAACAUAAUAGAGAAAUAAGCGUAAUUUGACUUUGAUCGUAGUUCUCGUCUAUUAAAUAUUGGAAGUCUGCGUGAAAUUCUUUCAGAUUUUCAUGAUGAAGCAUUGUAUCUAAUCGAGAUAAUUGAAAUAUCGAAUUUGCUAUUUUACUCGAGCCUAUAAGUAAAUUCAUAUUACAUUUAACAAUAUGAAACAAUACGUACGUUUGACUCGAUAUUGUAAGUUAAACUUUGUAUUAAAUAAGCGAGAGAGUCAACGCAUUAUAUAUAUAUAUGGAAAAAUUCUCUUGAAUCAGAAAAAUAUGUAUUAUCAAAUAUUCGAAGCAGCGAUCUUUUUAAACAGUUGGAAAGCGUUUAUUACUAUAACAAAUCAUAUGGUGCCUAGAUAUUGGAUUAAUUUUGAGAAAAGGACGUAGAUAUGUACGAGACGCAUAGUUGUCUUAAUAAAAAAAAAGAAAACACAAGAAUAUCAGUGAACGAUUAUAGACAUCUUAUAACAUUAUGUCAAUGAUGAAAUAAAAAUACAUUUUAUAUUCUA